AUGCGCGCUGUUUACCAGUCAGUUAUGCCCAAGGCACUGUGUCUCGUCGAAGGGCCCAAGACCACGUGGAUGAAUGCUCAACUCAGGAAUCUCAAACGUAUCCUGGCCGGACUUGAAUUCAUCGAGGCCCUGACCAAAGCCUUAGACGAGAAGUCAGAAAUUCCCAGCCGCUCUAUAAGCUACUACAACCAGAUCGGGGACCCUUCGGUCGAGUUGCACCCAGUCAAGGCACGCCUCUAG